UCAGUCCUCCGCGAGGCAGCGGCGGAGGCGGACGUGGCUGGGAGGGGCUGCGCAGGGCAGCAUGGUGAUGGCCGAGCCCCGCCGCCUUCCCCCGGACGCCUCCUCGUCCUCCUCCUCCUCCUCCUCCGCGUCGUCUCUGCUUCUCCCUCCGCCGCCGCCUCCUCCUCCUCCGCGAGGGGGUCCCGGCCCGGUCCGGGUGGGCUUCUACGAGAUCGAGGGCACGCUGGGCAAGGGCAACUUCGCCGUGGUCAAGCUGGGCCGGCACCGCAUCACCCGCAGCGAGGUGGCGAUAAAGAUUAUUGACAAGUCUCAGUUGGAUUCUGUGAACCUGGAGAAGAUAUAUCGCGAAGUGCAGAUCAUGAAAAUGCUGGACCAUCCACACAUCAUCAAGCUUUAUCAGGUGAUGGAGACCAAAAGCAUGUUAUACCUGGUGACAGAAUACGCCAAAAAUGGAGAAAUAUUCGAUUACCUUGCGAAUCACGGCCGUUUGAGCGAGUCAGAGGCCAGGCGUAAGUUCUGGCAAAUCCUCUCUGCGGUGGAAUACUGUCAUGGCCGGAAGAUUGUGCACCGCGACCUCAAAGCUGAAAACCUCCUGCUUGACAACAACAUGAAUAUUAAAAUUGCAGAUUUUGGGUUUGGCAACUUCUACAAGAGUGGUGAGCCCUUGACGACAUGGUGCGGGAGCCCCCCCUACGCAGCCCCCGAGGUCUUUGAAGGCCAGCAGUACGAGGGUCCGCAGCUGGAUAUUUGGAGCAUGGGUGUCGUCCUCUACGUUUUAGUCUGCGGAGCACUGCCUUUCGACGGGCCAACCCUCCCCAUCCUGAGGCAGCGGGUUCUUGAAGGAAGGUUCCGGAUUCCCUAUUUCAUGUCCGAAGAGUGCGAGCAUCUGAUCCGGAGGAUGCUGGUCCUGGACCCUUCCAAGAGGCUGACCAUCGCGCAGAUCAAAGAGCACAAGUGGAUGCUGGUGGAGGUCCCCGUCCAGAGGUCGGUCCUCUACCCUCCGGGGCAGGAGAAUGAGCCUUCCCUCGGGGAGUACAACGAGCAAGUGCUGCGGCUGAUGCACAGCCUGGGAAUCGACCAGCAGAAGACCAUCGAGUCCCUCCAGAACAAGAGCUACAACCACUUUGCUGCUAUCUACUACUUGCUGGUAGAGAGGCUCAAGUCCCACCGGAGUAGCUUCCCUGUGGAGCAGCGGCUGGAUUCUCGGCAGCGGAGACCAAGCACCAUCGCGGAGCAAACCGUCGCCAAGGCCCAGGCCUCCAUGCCUCCGGUCACUCUGCGACCCCAGAACGUGCGGCUGCUGAGGUCUCCUGGCCUCCCACCGGCGUCUGCCGCCGAAGCCUUCUCCUUCCCUCUCUCGGCCUGCCAGGCGGAGGCUGCUUUCAUGGAGGAAGAGAGAAUCGACACGCCAAAGGUGAACGGCUGCCUGCUGGACCCAGUGCCCCCGAUGAUGGUCAGGAAGGGCUGCCAGUCCCUGCCGAGCAGCAUGAUGGAGACCUCCAUCGACGAAGGGAUCGAGACGGAAGGGGAGUCGGAGGAAGACCCGGCCCAAGCCUUUGCUGCCCUGCAAGCCACUCGCUGUGGGAAGAGAAGGCACACUCUGGCAGAGGUCACCAACCAGCUGAUGGUCAUGCCGGGCACAGGGAAGGUCUUCUCUGUGGAGGAGAACCCGUCCUUGAGCAGCGUGGACUCCGAGUACGACAUAGGCUCCAUCCAGAGAGACCUCAACUUCCUGGAAGACGGCCCCUCCUUGAAGGAAGUGGUCCUGACCAAUCCACCGGCGCCUCGGAUGACGCCGCCGACGCCACUGCCCUUCAUUGGCCUGAGACCUGCCAACCCUGCCAUGCAGGCCCUGGCCUCCCACAAGCGAGAGGCCCACAACCGCUCUCCUGUCAGCUUCCGAGAGGGACGCCGGGCAUCCGACACGUCCCUGACACAAGGAAUCGUAGCCUUUCGGCAGCACCUCCAGAACCUGGCGCGGACCAAAGGCAUCCUGGAGCUGAAUAAAGUCCAGCUGUUUUACGAACAGAUGAGGACCGAAGACGCAACGGCCUUGGGGGCCCCUUCCCCUCAGCUUCAGGACCUCAGGAGUGCUCCACAGCAGGAGGAGGCCUCCCAGCCACCGGAUGCUGCCUCGGCCUUCCCGAACGGCUUGCACCCACAGCUGCUCUCGCGGCGGCAGAGCUUAGAAACACAGUAUUUGCAGCACAGGCUCCAGAAGCCCAACCUGCUUUCCAAAGCCCAAAAUGCCUGCCAGGUGUUUUGCAAGGAGUUGCCCCGGAGCCUGGAGCAGCAGUUACAGGAGCACAGGCUCCACCAGAAGCGCCUGUUCCUGCAGAAGCAGUCCCAGCUGCAAGCCUACUUCAACCAGAUGCAGAUAGCGGAGAGUUCCUACCCGGGGCCCAGCCAGAUGCCGCUGCCUUGCCCCGAGGACCCGCCGGCCCCGGCUCCGGCCCCUUUCAGCCUGGCGCCGCAGCCCCUGGGUCCCCUCCUGGAGCCCUCCAUGGAACAAAUGCAAUACGACCCUUUCCUCAGCCAGUAUGCCAAGCUGCAGCCGCUGGACCACCAGCCUCCCUCGCCCCCCAUCCACGGCGCGCCCCGGCUGCCCAUGCAGCAGCCCCCACCCCAGCAGCAGCAGCAACAGCAGCACUAUCCUCCUCCUCCUUACCAGCCGUGCGACUUGUCACAAGUGGGCCCCGCACCGGAGCCAGACUACCCCAGCCAGCACCAGUAUCCCCAGCAGAGCGCCACUGUAGCAAUGGGCGACGGUGCCCAGAGGAACCCCGAAACGCCCGGGUCCCAGCCUGGCUAUGAGGCUUUGGGUCUGGCGGAGCUGCCUGCUCUCUUCGAUUGCGAAAUGAUGGAGACGGUCGACCCUCAGCACAGCGGCUACGUUUUGGUGAACUAGAAAGGGGGCCACGCUGGCCUGUUCUCGGAAGAAGGUGGAAGCGAAAGACGAGAGACGUGGGUGGGUUUUCCAUGUGCGCCCUUUCCCUUAAACACGUACCGGCUUCAUCCCCAGGCCUUGCCCUGAAUGGACAAACACACAGACCCUUCUCUCUAUUGGUACUAGCAGUGGGUGGCUGAGGAGAGCAGUUCUGCACUUUCAAGGGAAGGAAGAGGAAGGCCUUUGCAGGGAAAGAGGCGACACACUUCAAGGAAGGAAAAAAGGAAGGAAGAUGUUGACUAUAUCUGGCAUCUUUGGUGUUCUCUUUGCCGUGGAAGCAUAGAUAUGGGACAUACCGUAUGUCUUGGCAAUAAAAGCAAUACAUUUCCCCCACUUGGACCUGGACAGAGGUGUGGGAUUGACACUAAAGCAAAUCAGGAACGGAGAUGUGGACUGAUUUGUCUCUGAGCUGCUUGAGUCGGGCUCGGAGUAAUAGUUGCUUUCUUCUCUUGGCUGGUGACUCUUUCCAAGAAAUGGCCAAUCUUCAUGCCCUCGUUGACACCCAGGGUCCGUCCAUCAUUCCAGGCCUUCCAGGGCACUGAAAUGGAUUUGGGAGACGGCCCAAAGACCAGCGAGACGAGAGAAACAAGGGGAAGGGGCCGGAGGGAGGGAGAGAGGGAGAGGAAAGCGGAUCUCUGGAGACGUCAUAAGCUGCCCUCUCUUGCUUUUCUCCUCCUGUUUCAAAUGAAGCCACUCUCCUUGGACUGAAUGAGGCGCAUCGCUGGUGGCUUCUUCGGCUUUGUAUAUUUGGACAAUUCUUUAGGGAUGUAGCAAUUUAAGGACAACACAAAACGAGCUUAUCAGAAAACCCAUGUGAAGUGA